UGAUAAAUUCCAACUCCACAGUCCUUUUCGAGUUAUUGCCAAGUACGUAUUUGCUAAUAAAAAAACAGAGAAAAUGCAUUCUACGGCUUUGAUUCUGUCUUUGUCUGUAAUGAUAAUGAUGGUUAAUUCCUUCGUGGCUUCAUAUCCAGGGGGAAAUGAUAUGUCCACAGGUAUAUAUGGCAAUGGAACAGAAAGGAUGGUAGAUGGGACACCCACCACAGUAGACAAGUAUCCGCAUGUCUGCGCCAUAAUGGUCCGAGGAGAUUACUUUUGCGGCGGUAGCAUAAUAGCACCAAACUGCAUCUUAACUGCCGCGCAUUGCGUCUUGCCACUGAUUAAGUACAAUCUUAAGGGAGAUACGAAAAUUGUUACUGGCACAACCUAUUUCAAUAAAGGUGGACAUUCUUAUAAAAUGGAUGGCUGUUGGCACCACCCCGAAUAUGAUGUUAACGCUCGAGGAAGAACUCAACAUGACAUGGGUUUGAUAAAGGUACAAACACUUACAUACAGAUUAUAA